AUGAUUAGAACAAGACCAGCUACCGUUUUAAGAUCUAGUCGCGGAUUAUUCGCAGCUAGUUCUACUAUAACUCAUCGUAACUAUAGUACUUUACCAUUAUCAAUUCCAGUUACCUUGCCAAAUGGUACUACUUACGAUCAACCAACUGGGUUAUUCAUAAAUAAUGAAUUUGUUUACCCAAAACAACGUAAAACUUUUGAAGUUAUUUCUCCAGCAACUGAAGAAGAAAUUGCUCAUGUUUACGAAGCUAGAGAAGAAGAUGUUGACUCUGCGGUGCAGGCUGCUAAAAAGGCUUUUGAAGGUGGUUGGUCCGAUGCCGAUCCACUUGUUAAAACCAGAGCCUUGACCAAGAUUGCUGAUUUGAUUGAAGAACACGCCGAAACCUUGGCUCACAUUGAAUCUUUGGAUAACGGUAAAUCUUUGCAAAAUGCUAGAGGUGACGUUGCUUUAUCUGCUAAUGUUUUCAGAUCUUCUGCUGGUUGGGCUGAUAAAAUUGGUGGUAAAGUUAUUGAAACUGGUAACACUCAUUUUUCAUAUACUAGAAGAGAACCUUUGGGAGUUUGUGGUCAAAUUAUUCCUUGGAAUUUCCCAUUAUUGAUGUUUACUUGGAAAGUUGCUCCUGCUUUGGUUACUAAUAACACUGUUGUUUUGAAAACUUCGGAAACUACUCCUUUAUCUGCUUUAUACGUUUGUAAAUUGAUUCAAGAAAAUAACGUGUUACCUCCUGGUGUUAUUAAUGUUAUCAAUGGGUUUGGAAAAAUUACCGGUAAUGCCAUUACUGAACAUCCAACCAUUAAGAAAGUUGCCUUUACUGGUUCUACCGCUACCGGUAAAGCCAUUAUGGCUAAAUGUGCCGCUACUUUGAAAAAAGUUACUUUGGAAUUGGGUGGUAAAUCUCCAAACAUUAUCUUUGAUGACGCUAACUUGGAAACUGCUUUACAAAGUGCCGUUGCUGGUAUUUACUAUAACUCUGGUGAAGUUUGUUGCGCUGGUUCUCGUUUAUACGUUCAAGAAGGUAUUUACGAUGAAUUUGUUGCUAAAUUUGCUGAUUACGCUCAAAAUAAAGUUAAGGUUGGUAAUCCUUUUGAAGAAGAUACUUUACAAGGUGCUCAAAACUCUCUCAAUCAAUUGGACAAGAUCUUGCACUAUAUUAAACUCGGUCAAGAUGAAGGGGCUACCUUAUUAGCUGGUGGUGAACGUUUACCUCAAAAAGGUUUCUUUAUCAAACCAACCAUUUUCGGUGAUGUCAAAGAAGAUAUGAAGAUUGUCAAAGAAGAAAUUUUCGGUCCAGUUAUCACUGUUUCUAAAUUCAAAACCGUUGAUGAAGUUGUUAGAUUGGCCAACGAUUCCGAAUACGGUUUGGCUGCUGGUAUCCAAUCUGAAGAUGUCAACAAAUGUGUCGACGUUGCUAGAAGAUUGAAGGCCGGUACCAUUUGGGUUAACACCUACAAUGACUUCCACCACAUGGUUCCUUUCGGUGGUUUCGGUGCUUCUGGUAUGGGUAGAGAAAUGGGUGAAGAUGUCUUGAAUAACUACUUACAAACCAAGGCUGUUAGAACCGCCAUUACCCAAAAAUAA